GCCUCUUCCACCACAUCAUACCACAACCUCUACCACGACAUUGAGCCUGCGGCAUCGUGUCUAUAGUGUCUCUCACCCUCCUCCCCUAUUACCUCAAUGGAGGGCGGCUACGUAGACGACCUCGAGCUCCUCGAAGAGUAUGACCUCGAACACGAUGGUGACUCCGACGACUCGCGCUCAGACGGGCAACGUGGAGCCGGCGAGCUGUCCGACGACGAGGUGCAGUCACCCGAAGAUGUAGAGGCAGUGUUUGCAGAACUCAAGACUAUCACGGUAGAGAUAUUGAGCGCCCUCGGAGGACUGGAGGAGAGCGAGGGAGAGCAGGGGCUAGAGAUGCACUACGUGGUUGGAGAUGACUGUCUCCGAUGUCUUCGCGACCUACGCAAGCUCUGGAGGGAAGGGGCCGAAGAUCCUUACCGCACAAUCGCCCACGUCUUUGCAGAUGUAGGCGUACUCCAGAAUCUGAUCCCACUCCUGCUCAAGACGGCCGGCGGAGAGGAGCGGUCGCAGAAGAUUGCACUCGCUUGCACAGACCUGCUCACUUCCAUCACUUGGCCGGUCGACGCUAACGCCGAGGUCCGCGAGGCCCUCAAACGCGGUGAGAAUACAGAAGAGCUUUCUCACCUCUUCUCUCUUGAGAGGGACAUGGUCAAAUACAAGGCUGCUGUCUUACGCCAGCGGUCUGGAGAGAGUAAAGAAAGGUCUGGCAGCCGCGAGAUCCUCAACUGCAUCAUGCGCUACAUCCUCCUGCCAGCUCUCUCCAAGCCUCGACAUCAUCGCAAUGAGCGAGACGUGGGCACCAUUAGCAUGUCUCUGCACUUCUUCCGCAAUCUACUGGCAAUUCAGGAUCCCGUCGCUACCACCUUGAGUAGCGUGGAGCAGAUUUCGAAUUCCACAUUGCAGAGCGAGCUCAUCUGCACAAUGGCUCGGAGUCAUGUGCUAGAGACUAUACUCAUGCUCGCCAAUAGUGCAGAGAGCAGAGAGUUCGGGCAGUGGAAUGCCAUCACACUGGAAUGCGUCUACGCUAUCUUCGGAGGCGAGGAGGUAGCAGUCAUUGCUGGCAGUUCGGCAGGUGCAACCAGCGAUGCGUCGGCAGAUACGGCUGCGAAAAAAGAGUCCGGCAAGGCCGUUGCUCCGCGUGCCAUCUCCAAGAAUGCUGCCUUGGCGUCUUCACUCAACUCGGAAGCUCAUCAGCGUCGAGUAACUUUGGCGGCAAGUGGGUCAUCUCGUCACUCGCGCUUCGGUACCUCAAUCAACUUCUUCACCGCAGACGGCGAUGUCAGAGUAGCACGUAAUGCCGCGUCCUUGCGCAAGAGCGUCGAAGAGCUCCGUCAAGACAACGUGCUCAGAGCCAAGCGAAAGUUCAGACGCCGCAAGCGAGCCAGGGAGGAAGGGGCACCCAGAGUCAAGUCAGCGUGGACAUCGGCUGCCAAGGAGGUGUUGAGAGGCUGGGCCGACCGAUUCCUGCUUAGCAGCGGCUUCGAGACGUUGACUCGCAGCUGUCUCAAUGACAUUCGCAGCGAGAGGGAGAAGGUGGGCGAUCUAGAUCAGGCAAGAGUGAGGGUGAUGACUGUAGGAGUCUUUUUCCUGGAUUACUUCCUGGUCAGAAAGGCAGAGGAGAGCAAUCGUGUCGCAGUCAAAGAGGCCAAGGCCAAACAAACCGAUCACGCAAACGCUGGUCCGCUCACCCCUGUGCAAAGACAGCCGCAAUCACAGGGGACACUGGCCUCCAUCGAGCCAUCGUUCGAUAAAGGCAAGGCAAAGGCGACCGAGCCAACGGCAGGUCAGGAACAGCAAGAGCACUUCGGCGCUGAUGACACCUACCAUUCUGUAGCACCUGAUGAUUCCUUACGUGAGUCUGUCGCAGCCAACGUGGGAGAGGCCCAGCAGGUCAUGAAAGCUCCUGCCACCGCCCCAGAAGAGGAAGCGUCUGGAACGGACUGGUCGUUCUCCCUCUUGUCCGACUGGUUUAAGCCUUGGGCGUUCAAGAUGGUCCUUGUCAGAACAGACAGCGCACUCGACUCCAAGGGUUGGCUCGAGAUGACCGCUUCAUUGCAGCUCUGGAUGUCGCUCCUGCGCCUGAUCGAUGCACUCUCGCAAUCAUCUGUCGAGGAGGAGAAGGAUCUGGCCGAGAACCUACAAGCGAAUCACUUCUACCACUCGGAGACGCUGGAACUCUGCGUUAAGAUCUCUCGGUGCUUUACAACCCAAAGUUUCGAAUUUUUGCGCUGUGUUGUUGCCUUCGCCUGCAUCAUGCCGAAGAUGCUUGAAAGGUACUCGCUCAAUAAGGAGCACAUCUUCGUCAGGGCCAAAAGGCACGCCAGGAAAGCAAAGGAAAAGGCCAGCAACGUCACCGACGAUGAUCCUGAUGCCGAAGAGCAAGACCCCGACGCCAAGGCGCAAGUCAUCUAUACUGAACGAAGGUUCAACUUUGACAGAUUCCAGAACAAGCUCUGCUGCCGACCUCUGGUGGAGGCUUGCGUUGCCUACCUGGGGAGAUGGAGGGACUAUCAGCGUCCGGCCGAUGAGCUAGCCAAUGUAGUCGCCGUUAUGCACCGGAUCGCUAUCAAGGCCAACGACGCUCGCAGCUUCUUCCCAGCUCACAUCCGUGUAGCCUUCCAAGCCAUCCUGAAGGGUCCGCUAGUGGCUGCUCUGCUGCCUUGCGCCCCUCGCGCAGUCAAUGACACCAAGAAGCUCAUUGAGUUCGUUCUCAAGAAAUACGAGAAGCUGAGCAAGGAAGAGAAGGAGCUUUGGUCUUUCGGCAAGGCUCCUCCGCGACCUCAGAAAGCAGUCAAGCUACCCCGAGAGAUCGAAGUCAAGCCCGGUAUGAACCGCGACGACCAGGUCGGUAUCGCUGUCGGACUCCUCGCCGAGAAGGGCAUGAUUGCAAGGAUCAUGUGGGUCAAGGGCGCUCUGGAGAUCGCAAGUGCUGAGCGGCUGGGUACCGUUCUGAGCAUCGAUGGUAACAGAAUGUGGUCAGCCGCAAAGAGGGGCUUGGAGGAGGCUGGUGAUGAUGCCGGCCCUAGUAGCGAGGAGCGAGACGCGAUGAAUGAGUCGCUGCUGUCUGCGAUACCCUCCGAUGAGGCGGUCAACAGCUUCGAGCCCUACGAGCUGCCAUACGACGGCGACAGCGAAUUGCAGAGCGAUGCUAGCACCUCGCCCCCUUUGAAGCUUCUAGCCCGAUUGAUGGGCCUCGAGAGUGAUGAAAGCGACGCAGAGCACUGGAGGUGGCGGGUCCCUGACAAUAUCCUGCCAACGCACCUGGAUGCGGAUAUCCAGCUCAUUGAAGACCGUCUCCAGAGCCCGCUCGAAAUCAACGGCACGAGCUACGAGGAUUACGUGCAGAACGCCAGGAAGAAGCGGGUCGCCAAAGCGAAGCAGCUCGCGCCUGCGGACCUCGCACAGAGCGACGACGGAGACAGUGACAGCGACUCUGAUAGUGGCUCAUCGGGAUCGUCUAGCGCGCCUCGCAAGAGGAAGACCACUCGACGCCGGGAUGACCUCAAAGGCGACGAGAGGAAGAAGAAGGCGUUCAAGAGGCGCAAGAUUGAGACUGGACCGCUGUUCCUGCAAGACGAUAUCAUCGACAGCGACGAAGACGAACAGGUGGAUGCCUUGUGGAGAGCGCGCACAGGGGCAAAGAGCCCUUCGCCAGCCAGUCGCCCAAGAGCUAGGCCCAGGACGACUACAUCGGACAUCGACUCGGAGAUGGACAGCGACGGCGACGUACGAGACCGGGCUAGUCCGCCUCGUGUCUCGAACGUCGAUCACUUGCGCCGGGCAACGUCGGAGGCAAGUGACACUCCUCCUACGUCGCCGCCGGCUCACGCUGUGCCUCGCGACAAGUCGGUCAGAUCUGCUCGCCGCUCGCAAGCUCUCUUCUUGUCAACCAGCGACGAGGAUAGUAACGGCGCCAAUGAUGACAUUGACGACGCUAGUGACCAAAACCAUGCCAGUCCUGCAAAGCGGGGUUAUGGGUAUAAUGCGGAGUCCCCUCGGAACGGCGGACAUGAUGAUGUGACGCUUAAGCGUGCAAAGGCUAGGAACGCUCUACUCGCUGCAAUGAUGGAUUCUGAUGAGGAUUGAAUGGCAAUCGAUGGAUGAAUGGUAGGUGGGAGGGGUGUGCCAUUUGUGUCCUUUCUUCAUGUACGUAGUGUUCAAUAACAUAAUCUCUCCAGACAUGGCACGAAAGCCUUGACAAUGCCGUCCACUACUCUCUGUCUGUGAAGAAGCUCCGCCUCUCUGUUUAAGAUAUGUACACCCUUCGCAUCUGACCAGUGAAAAAGCGGUCUCUUGUCCUCGGGCAAGUCACAAAUGCCUGCGAGGAUUUGCCCUCGUUGCGUCUCUUGCGAGCGGCAGCCGAGGCAUCAUCUAGGCUGGCGGAGUAGGACUCGAGUGCCCUUUUACUAUAGACCCUUCCAUUCGGCAAAGCGACAGCCUGCCCUCCCUCUCCUUCCUCUGCGCCUUCGUCAAUGACCCU